AUGGCCUCUCAUGCCCCUCCUCGAUGGUGGCUCUACAUCCAGGCCGUCUUUUGGCGGUUCCUGAUGCGAAUAGGAAUGUUCUUUCACGACUUACCGGCUCCCCGUCCUCCCCGUCCAGUCUUCGUCCGAUCCGUUCGUUCCGGCAACUCGCAGAUCCGUCUGCAUUUCUACUGUCCACCUGACUACCAGAAGAAUCGGAGAGAGGGCCGCCGACUACCCGUAGUGAUUAACUUUCACGGAGGCGGUUUCACACUGGGAUGUCCCACCGACGACUCCCGCUGGGCUCAGUGCAUCCUGGAGGACGUCGGAGCAGUGGUAGUCAGUGUCGGGUACCGUCGAAGUCCAGAGCAUCCGUUCCCCGCUGCUGUAGAUGAUGGUGUGGAAGCACUGCAAUAUCUGGCCGCCCAUGCCGCCGAACUGGGGUUGGAUGUGACCCGAAUUGCUCUGAGUGGUUUCUCAGCGGGCGGCAAUCUAGCUGUCACUGUGCCUCUACGGCUGCGAAGCCUGAUGGCCAAGGAGCAGCAUGAUCCCCCGCUCGAUCGGGCGAAUUCGGCGCAACAGCUUCUUGAUACAUCGGGCGAUAUUAGCAUCGUCGCUCUCUUCUGCUGGUACCCGAUCCUGGACUUUGAGGAGUCGCGUGCUUUCCGCCGCGCGGCGAGCAUCAUGCCAGAACAGACGCUUCCGAAGUUCCUGACCGAUCUAUUCGAUAACUCCUACCUGCCGAAUCAUGAACACCGUCGCUCGCCCUACGCAUCACCGGUCCGAGCGACAGACGAGAUCUUGAGCGACGCUUUACCCCACGAUAUCUUUCUGUACAUCUGCGAAUGGGACAUGCUGAUGAACGAGGGCCAGCUGUUUAUGCGGCGACUGAAAGAUUCCGGCAAACACGUUCGGGCUAUGAUGAUUGAAAAAGCCCGACAUGCCUGGGACAAGUCGCCGAAUCCCUUCCGGGAUCAAGCCAAGGUCAAUGUUCUCUAUCGCGAUGCCUGCGCGGACAUGAAAGCGAUCUUUAACAAAUAG